AUGACAGAAGGGCGUCUUUCCAAAAACCAAGGAAGCAGGGUUGUCCGGAUAACCACCAGGAUGGGAGUAAAUGACUUGUGGCAAAUUUUGGAGCCUGUUAAACAACACGUCCACUUGCACAGUCUCAGUGGGAAAACCAUUGCGGUUGAUCUGAGUCUCUGGGUGUGUGAAGCACAGACAGUCAAAAAAAUGAUUGGGACAGUCAUGAAGCCCCACCUCAGGAAUCUAUUUUUUCGUAUCUCAUAUUUAACGCUAAUGGAUGUAAAGCUGGUGUUCGUUAUGGAAGGGGAACCCCCCCACCUGAAAGCUGAUGUCAUCAGUAAGAGGAAUCAGGUCCGAUAUGGACCUUCUGGAAAAACAUGGUCUCAGAAAACAGGGAGAUCACAUUUUAAGUCAGUCUUGAAGGAGUGUCUUGAUAUGCUGGAAUGCUUAGGAAUUCCCUGGGUCCAAGCUGCUGGUGAAGCUGAAGCCAUGUGUGCCUACCUCAACGCCAGUGGUUAUGUGGAUGGCUGCCUCACCAAUGAUGGAGACACUUUCCUUUAUGGGGCCCAGACUGUUUAUAGGAAUUUCACUAUGAACACCAAGGACCCACAUGUUGACUGUUACACAAUGUCAUCCAUCAAGAGUAAACUAGGUUUGAAUAGAGAUGCUCUGGUUGGGCUGGCAAUACUACUUGGCUGUGAUUAUCUUCCAAAGGGAGUCCCUGGAGUUGGAAAAGAGCAAGCAUUAAAACUGAUAAAGAUUUUGAAAGGGCAAAGUUUACUUCAGAGGUUUAAUCAGUGGAAUGAAAAAUCUUGUUACUCUAAUUCACAACCAGUACUCGUUAACAAACUGGCUCAUUGCUCUGUGUGUUCCCAUCCAGGUUCAUCUAAGGAUCAUGAACGUAUUGGAUGCAAAUUAUGUCAAACUGAUCGAUACUGUGAACCACAUGAUUAUGAAUACUGUUGUCCUUGUGAAUGGCACCGUGCAGAAAAUGAGAGGCAACUGAGUACAAUAGAAAACAACAUUAAGAAAAAAGCUUGCAGUUGUGAGGGAUUCCCAUUCCAUGAGGUUACUCAAGAAUUCCUUCUGAACAAGGAUAAAUUGGUGAAGGCAGUCAGGUACCAAAGACCUGAUUUAUUAUUGUUUCAGAGAUUUACUCUUGAAAAAAUGGAGUGGCCCAAUCACUAUGCAUGUGAGAAAUUGUUGACACUGUUGACCCACUAUGACAUGACAGAAAGGAAGCUCGGUCGAAGGAACUCUAAUCAACUGCAACCGAUUCGAAUCGUUAAAACCCGAAUCAGAAAUGGAGUUCAUUGUUUUGAAAUAGAAUGGGAAAAGCCUGAACAUUAUGCUACAGAAGAUAAACAUGGAGAAUUGGCUCUACAAACAAUAGAAGAAGAGUCAUUGUUUGAAGCAGCUUAUCCUGAGAUUGUUGCUAUUUACAAAAAACAAAAGUCAGAAAAUAAAGGGAAGAAACAAAAAAGCAUGAAAAUUAAGUCUAACGGAAACAGUUUGCAAGAAUCAGAUGAGAUGAUGAAAGUUCAGUCACAUAUGACUUUAAAACCCACAUGGGAAAUCUUUCCUAAGCAGAAUUCCAAGUUAAGCUUGGAAAUUUCCCCUGAUUCUGCAUCACCCGAGGAAUCUAUUUCCACACCGUUGAAUGUCGUGCUCUUACCUGAAGAUGCUGUCUGUUUGACUACACAAGAACAGUCAAUAUCUUCUCCAAGAUCUUUGGCUGUGCAGCAAGUUAAAGAUAUCAGUAAGUCUCUAAUUGCAGAAUCUAGUCAACCUAGUACCUCAUCCCAUAAUAUAUCCGCAGUUGCUGAUCUACACUUGAGCACCAUCGACUGGGAAGGUACUUCUUUUAGUACUUCUUCUAGUAAUUCGCCGGCCAUCCCCAGGAACACAUUUACUCAUGGUUUAAAAUCAGAACUUGAAACAGCUAUUCUUGACAGUUUAAAAAAUAAUCCAGAGCAGUUGUAUUGUGAAUCAGAACGGCACAACACCAGUGUUAAUAAACUGUCCUGUUGGGAUCUUCAGAAGACUAAUCCUGAGGAGCACCUACUUUCUGGCAUUAGUGAUUUACAUCUUCAGGAUUUACCCUUAAAGGAACGAAUACUUAUAAAAUCAUAUCCUCAGAAUACUGUAGAACCAGAUGUUGACCUAAAAACUUUCUCACUACUUACUGUAAAAGAACAGUGUGUUGCUAAUAGUACUUCUCAUUGUCUACCAUAUCUUUCCAAGGAUCUUCUAGGAAUUCAUUUGCAAAAUGAAUCUAGAAACUGUAAAGUUCUAAAAGGAGACCAACUAUUUCAAGAAAAUGAUAAAUCAAAUACAUCUGUACCCUUGUCUGUCAAUAACCCAGGAACGAAAACCUCCACUGUUAGAACUGGGCCACCAAAUGCUGCUUUAUAUCAUAGUAGAAAAGCUGGCGUUCAAAUCGCUCGGAAAACUGUAAUGAAGAAGAGUGUUUGCCUUGACAGACUUUCCUCUGAUGAAGAAAGUGUCCCAAAGUUUGGGAAAGCUAAAUCCACAACUCAAAAAGUGAAGCAGAGUUCUCAGAAGCAUAGCCCAACCCAGCUCAAGAAAAAUGCCAACAAAUUGAGUAACCCUAAGGCAUAUAUUAAAGAAAUUGAGCAGUGUGUCCAGGCUUAUAGAACAGCUAGAAAUGAAGAAGCCUGUCUCCCAGAUGCCCCAAAAGAGCCUCCUAGUUUUCUACGAUACCAUAAGGAUAAAGAUGACUCUGGUACCUGUUUGGAUAGUCCUCUUCCUUUAAGUCAGAGAUUAAAACUAAGGUUCCAAAACACUUGA